AUGCCUAGCCCUCUAGACCACGCAACAUCGCGAAGAAAAGUGCCUCCCCUCCUCACCCCUAGCUCGACAGCUCCUCCCGCAGCCACGAGCGCGCACGCCGCAGCUAUAGAGACACUCUCUCCCAUCGCCGCCGGUCUACCCACCGCUCGAGUUCGAGUCCGCACCCACGUCCAACGCCGCAUCCUGCUUACCCUCGCUCCUGCUGCCCGACCUGUGCACCGUCUGCGCUCGCCGCAUCAGCUUUUUAUAGAAAUCCAGGGUCCAGCAUACUACCUUCCAUCUUCUAACCUGCCUUCCAUCUUUCAACCUACCAGACCUUCCUUUCUAUACCACACGACAAAAGCCUUCGUAAAGGGCCUGCAGCCGGAAGUACUAAAUGUACUAUCCCUCUCGCAGAAGCAGCUCUCGUAG